UGUUGUUUUUUUCCAGAGCCAUGGACAAUGGCACGCGCGAAAAGUUGCUUGUCCCGAAAGAAAAGGAGUCGACCGAUUUGAAAGGAAGGAUUUACGACGAGUCUAAUAAAAUAUGGAGGGUGGCAUUGCCCGGGAUAAUAGCAAGAGUGGCAUCGUUCGGGACUAUAAUCCUUACCCAGUCGUUUAUCGGCCAUUUAAGCUCGGUUGAUCUCGCCGGUUAUGCCCUCGUUCAAACGCUCACCGUCCGUUUUGUCAACGGCGUUUUGAUAGGCAUGUCGAGCGCAACCGAGACUUUGUGCGGGCAAGCCUACGGAGCCCGACAAUACCACAUGAUGGGAAUCUACUUGCAACGCUCGUGGGUCGUCGAUUUCCUAACGCUAACAUUAUUGCUCCCUCUCUUCAUCUUCGGUGCCCCGAUUUUCAAGCUGAUGGGCCAAGAACCGGACAUUGCCGAAUCCGCGGGCUACAUUUCGUGGUGGUUUAUUCCGAUGGUUUACAACUUCGUGUUCACGCUCACGAUGCAAAUGUUUCUUCAGGCUCAGCAGAAGAAUAGUGUCGUUGCUUGGAUAUCGAUAGGGCAGCUAGCCGUGCACGUGCCCGUUUCGUGGCUAUUUGUGUACCGGCUCGGGUGGGGAACGGAUGGGGCAAUGGGGGCAUUGUGCGUGUCCAAUUGGCUCGCGGCUUUUGCAGAGAUGUGGUACAUCAUGGGGGGAGGAUGCCCCGAGACGUGGAGCGGGUUCAACUCGGCCGCGUUCAGGGACCUCUUGCCCGUGAUCAAGCUCUCGAUUUCGUCCGGGGUUAUGGUUUGUUUGGAGUUGUGGUACAACUCUGUACUCGUCUUAUUGGCCGGCUACAUGCAAAAUGCCGAGGUUGCCAUAUCAGCCUUCUCUAUCUGCCUUAAUAUUAACGGCUGGGAAUUCAUGAUCUGCCUCGGUUUUCUCGGUGCCGCAUGUGUUCGGAUUGCGAAUGAGCUAGGACGAGGAGAUGCUUAUGCGACAAGAUUUUCGAUUAAGGUCCUCAUAAGUACCUCGGUUAUUAUUGGCGUUCUCUUCACGAUUAUUUGCUUGGUCUUCGGAAAUAAUAUUGGGUACUUAUUCACAAACGACGUUGAGGUGGCAACGGCCGUCUCGAAUCUUUCUCUCAUGCUUGCUAUCUCGGUCUUGCUCAACAGCAUUUAUCCCGUGCUUUCUGGAGUGGCAGUUGGAGCCGGUCUUCAAGGGACGGUUGCGAUUAUCAACCUCUGUUGUUAUUAUUUGAUUGGUAUUCCUAUUGGGGCUUUGCUCGGUUAUGUGGCUCAUCUUGAAGUUGAGGGUAUUUGGAUUGGGAUGAACAUAGGAAUCUUUGCACAGUCGCUUGCACUUAGUUACAUGGCGUGGAAAACGGAUUGGGACGAGCAAGUGAAGAUAGCUGCAGAACGUCUUCAACGUUGGUACCUCAGAUCAUCGGAAGAAAAUGAGCAUGCAUGGAGAAACANCUUCGUCGGGACCCGCCUGGCCGCCGCCACCUCACUAGCCCUCGUCCUCCUAUGCACGCCGUCAUUGCUGACGUCAUCGCACGCCGCACUCAUCAUAGACCCGAACAUCAACAAGGGUUUCACCGUCGGCGGCCAGCUGUGCUGCACGCGAGACGGCAACUGCCCAACGGACCCAGUGGGCCUCUACUGGGCCCGCAAGAUGAACGGUGGGCUCGUCAAGCUCAAGUGUGAAAACACUUAUUUCAACUUGUUCCAAGGGCCCAACUACGAAGGGUACCAGGACAGAACCGACAGGCGAGGGAUUUUCAACAUCACGGUACCGGAGCUCGAGUACGUUUUUGACGGGUUCGAUAGCAUCCCGUGCAAAGCUGUCGUGAGGAUAAGCUUCGACCGCGAGUUGUGUCCCGCGCUUGCUGACAAGGAGGGCUAUCUCGUGUCCGAAUUGAAGUCAUUGGGAAAGGCUAAUGGGCUGCUCGAACUCGAGCCGAGUGGCUGGAGUGUUCAGCCGUGUUGGUUGGAAGCGUGA